AGGUCUGGCUCGGGGCCGGGCGGCGGGAGAUGCCCGGGCGGCCUGCGGAGGCCCAUGUGGCGCGCUAGGUGGGAGCCCGGCGUCCUGAAGGCAGAGGCCCUGGCCCUCCUGCCCUGCGGCCUGGGCAUGGCCUUCUCCCAGUCCCACGUGACGGCCGCUCGGAGGCACCAGCACAGCCGGAUCGUCAUCGAGGUGGAUGAGUACAGCUCCAACCCCACCCAGGCCUUCACCUUCUACAACAUCAACCAGGGCCGCUUCCAGCCGCCGCACGUGCAGAUGGUGGACCCGGUGCCUCACGACGCCCCCAAGCCGCCCGGAUACACCCGCUUUGUCUGCGUGUCUGACACCCACUCGAGGACGGACCCCAUCCAGAUGCCCUACGGCGACGUGCUGAUCCACGCCGGGGACUUCACUGAGCUGGGGCUCCCGAGCGAGGUGAAGAAAUUCAACGAGUGGCUGGGCAGCCUGCCCUACGAGUACAAGAUCGUGAUCGCAGGCAACCAUGAGCUGACCUUCGACCAGGAGUUCAUGGCCGACCUCAUCAAGCAGGACUUUUACUACUUCCCGUCCGUGUCGAAGCUGAAGCCGGAGAACUACGAGAACGUGCAGUCGCUGCUAACCAACUGCAUCUACCUGCAGGACUCUGAGGUCACCGUGCGGGGCUUCCGGAUCUACGGCUCCCCGUGGCAGCCCUGGUUUUACGGCUGGGGUUUUAACCUCCCGCGAGGCCAAGCGCUGCUCGAGAAGUGGAACCUCAUUCCCGAAGGCGUAGACGUCCUGGUAACCCACGGACCGCCGCUGGGCUUCCUGGACUGGGUCCCCAAGAAGAUGCAGCGGGUGGGCUGCGUGGAGCUGCUCAACACGGUGCAAAGGCGCGUCCAGCCGCGGCUGCAUGUCUUCGGCCACAUCCAUGAAGGGUAUGGAGUCAUGGCUGAUGGGACAACCACCUAUGUGAACGCAUCUGUGUGCACCGUGAACUACCAGCCCGUGAACCCACCCAUAGUCAUCGACCUCCCCACACCCCGGAACUCCUGACUGCCCCCACGGCCCCAGUGCUUCCCACCCGCAUCAGCUACAUACACCUAGCUGAG